AUGACUAUACCAUCCGAUAUCCUGGCUGCAGACGCAGCAGGACGUAUUCCAAGCGAUGUCUCCCUGGACUUUUUGGCGCAAUCUCGCGAUAAACCAGCCAUCGCGGGAAUCAUAUUCAUGGUCUGCUUCACCGGGCUGAUCAUGAUUGUGCGUUUAUACGCCCGACUAUUCGUCGUGAAAAAGAUCGGCUUGGAUGAUGCAUUGGCCAUCUUAACAAUGGUGUUUUAUAUAAUAUUCGUUGUUCUGUCUAUCAUUCUCAUCAAUAUGGGAAGCGGUCGGCACAUGGACUACAUCCAAUACGUUCUUUCACUUCCAACAGUCCGCGACACGGAGGUAUACGAUUUCGUCGCCCAUAUCCUCUACACAACAGCACUUUUCCUUUGUCGUCUCUCGGGUUUAGCAUUCUACUAUCGACUCAGCGUUCGGUCAACAAAACUACACCUGAGUAUCCUCAUUGCAGGGCCUCUCCUUUUCGCCGCAUUCCUACCUCAGAUCUUCCUCUUGAUCUUCCACUGCAAACCGGUGACCGGUCUCUGGCCUUAUGAAUGGCAGCCAGAACCCAAAACCUAUACCUGUCUCUCUUGGGGUUUAGUCUACUCCGUGAAUUCGGGAAUAUCUCUCGCCUGCGACGUGUUGAUGUUCGCCCUACCCGCGAUGCUGAUCAAACAACUCCACGUAUCAACGAAGAAGAAGAUCAAGCUCUCGAUUGUCAUGUUCCCAGGUGUCUUCGUAAUCGUCAUCUCUGCCAUCCGCGUCUGGCUCGUCGCGAGAGGCCAAUGGGCAUCUGACGGCAGUUGGGCCUACAACCCAAUGCUGUGCGUGGAGAAUGCGGAAAUCGCAGCAACUCUCGUCGCUCUCUCCGUGCCAGCCCUCAAGCCCGUCUUCGGUUCUCUCUUCGCCCAUUUGACCGAGUACACAUCAAGUCACACCCGCUCUCGCUCAACAAAACUGCGCAGUCACGGAGUUGGCCAGUCCAAAACGAUGGCCAGUGGUGCUGCAUCCAGCAAUAGGGAUAGCAAGCGCCUAAUCAACUGGUCCAAGAUUGGCAAAGAUGAUUAUGAAAUGAUGCCUUCCGAAGUCUCAGUCACAAGAGAUAUUAGAGGAGGCUCGAGUGAGGCCGAAAGAGACAGAGAAGGGGCGAACAGUCCUGGUAUCAGGGUCACUAAUGAGAUUAUCAGGAUCAGUCAGGCGGAAGACAGGCACAGGUCUGGACGACCGGUCCCCAACGAACCUUGA